AUGAAUCGACAUGUAAAAAUUCAACAUAAAGCAGCAUAUCACGAAUGGACCAAUCAAUUAGAUCAACUUAAAAAUCUAAUCGUUGAUCUUGGUUUACCAUUAUCUAUAGUUGAACGUGAUGCAUUUAUCAAAUUCAUGAACGUAAUAGACCCAACAUUUGCUAUGACUAGUAGAAGAACACUUAGUCGUACAAUAAUUCCACGUUUAUAUACUGCAACGAAUGAUGAAUUAAAGAAAUGUUGUAAUCAAUCUAAUUUUAUAUCAUUAACUCUUGACAUAUGGACCGAUCGUCGAUUACGCGCUUUCUUUGCAAUGACAGGACAUGCUUUUGUUGAUAAUACAUUAAAAUCGUAUGUAUUAUGCUUUCUUCCUUUACAUGUUCGAUUGGUUACAGAUAAUGCUGCGAAUAAUAUUAAAGCAUUCGAAAAUUUAAUCAUACCAGAUUUUGAACAUUAUUUUAAUAUCGAAGAUGAUGAUAAUGAUGAAAUAGAAAGUGACAUUGAUUUAGAUGGUUUUAGUGAUGACGAUGAUGAUGAUGCUAAAGAAGAGUCAUAUAACCAAGUUAUACAUGGCAAUGCAAUAAAUAUAAUUGAACCAAUUAAACAUAGUUUUGAUAAUAUUGCUGCUAAUAGUGAAUCAUUACGUAUACCACGUUCUGCUCACACUAUUCAAUUGGUAAUCAAUGAUGGCUUAAAGCAGAUUUCAUCGAUUCAGUCUGCUUUAGUAAAAGUAUCAAAAAUAGCAAAAUUAUCACAUACGAGUACUAUUUUUGCAGAGAAACUGGAACAUAUCGGUAGAUCAAUACCUAAAGCUAAUAAAACACGUUGGAAUAGACAAUUUACCCAUGUAAAAAUUUUAAACUCCAAAACGCGUUCUCAUACGCGUCUUAAAUGCGUUUGA